GCUUCCUGUAGUUUGUAGCUAAGUUAUGGCUUUUGUUUCGCACAACCAGAGAGAUCCAAACGGAGCUUACACCUUUUCAAGUCGGCCCAGGCCGGUGGAGAACCGCUCCAAAUACAGAGAGCCUCCAACAGAACAGGCACAGGGUCAUUAUGGAAACAUUAUGUAUGAUCGACGUGUUGUCAGAGGAAACACGUACGCUCAACACAUCAUACCAACUACGGCCCAACCAGACCCAGCUGAAAUACACAGACAGCAAGAGAUCAGGAGGAGAGCCAUGGCUCGUAAACGGGCCAUGGAGCAGUUCAAACCCAGGACUCCCGAGGCCCUGGAGGGCAGGAAACACAUUGAUGUCCAAACAGACCUUUAUCUGGAAGAACUGAGCGACGUCAUUGUAGCUACAGAUAUUGAGUGCCAGACUGAUGCUUUCCUGGACAGACCAGCAACUCCACUAUUCAUACCUGCUAAGUCUGGCAAAGAUGUCCAAACACAAAUAGAGGAAGGAGAGUUGUUUGACUUUGACAUGGAGGUGCAGCCAGUGUUGGAGGUCCUGGUGGGUAAGACGAUUGAGCAGUCGCUGCUGGAAGUGAUGGAGGAGGAGGAGCUGGCCAGUCUUAGAGCCCAGCAGAGGGCCUUCGAAGAGCUCCGAAAUGCUGAGCUGGCGGAGGUGCAGCGGCUACAGGAGCAAGAAAGGCGCCACAGUGAGGAAAAGGAGCGUAGAACUGCCCAACAGAAGGAGGUACUGAAGAAAGAAAAAGAGACUGCAGAGAAAAUAGCUGCCCGGGCGUACACGCAGAAGUACUUGGCUGAACUUCUUCCAGCAGUCUUUACCUCACUGAGGAGCCACGGCUACUUUUAUGACCCUGUGGAGAAAGAUAUUGAGACUAAUUUCUUCCCUUGGCUGAUGUCUGAGGUUAACAACAGUUUGGAGAAGAGAUUCACAGCAAGAGAGCUGCUGGACACCAUUGUCUACGAUGUCGUGCAGAACAGGCUGGAGCUCUUCAAAGACCAGCAGUCUUAG